ACUUUACUGCUGUGCUGGAACCAAAAACCUGACAUUUAUUUUAUGUAGCAGUACUUUUGUUUUGAUGGGAAAGUUUAUAAAUGUUGUAGCUGACAGGUUUGUUUUUAGUGGAAAGAUUGUGAACCUGCUGACGUUAUUGAUGCGAAGCUGAAAUGCACAUUUGAAAUGCCAGUUGCAUCACAGAACAAUUUGUCGGCAACCUCAUCUGCAGCAACAGAAUCAGUUACUAAAGCAUCAUCUGCUGUGAUUACUGAACAGCCACAGAGCUCGUCGCCUAUUGCGUCACUGACUACACCAGGUACAACAUUUUACUCCAUUGAUCCGCCCAACGUAAGGGAAGAAGAUCAGGAGAACAAGGAGGACAGCCAACAGGAAGCUCCUGCUUCUGAAGUUUCUACUGCAGACUUUGAUGAGGUUGUUAGGGAACGGUCAGCUCUUCAGAAAAGGGUGUCUGAGCUACAGUCAAAAACAGCAGAGCUUGAAAGUCAGAAUAUUCGGCAGCGUAAGCAAAUAAGUGACAGUCGUAAGUCUGAAACGACACCGCAGCUCAAGCCCUCCGCUGAAAUUGCUGUGGACAAUAAUGGCAUCCCCGUCAUUGUUUUUGUUCUUAUUGCACUGAUUGUUGGACUUGUUGUUGGCAAGCUCUUAUUCUGAGUUAGUCAGCUUGGCACGUGUGCUGUAAUGCCAUACACUGUGUUGUUGAUAUUUACUUAGAUUUGAUGAUAAC